AUGGAUUUCUACAGCACAAAUUCGGUUGAAAAUUGGACUAGCAACAGAAUAUUUGAACACUAUCAAACGAAGCUAAAGGGUAAUCGAACGAAACUCUUAGAUAGUAUAAAAAAAGACCUCCAAAAGGUUGUGGUUUCUCCCAAUUUCGAUAAUGCACGCAGAAAUAAAGCCCAAGAAAUAAUUGAUCGAUGGAAGGACUGGUCAACUAUAUCAGGUACAUUUGAUACACCAGAGAAGAAUUUGAAACGUCCUAGGAUAACCAAAAAGAUAAAUGUAAAGAAAGUUAAGAACCUGGCAACGGGCAGCAAAACACAGAUUAAUGAAAUACAUCACGUAACGCUUGUGCAAGAUUAUAUUCAUAACAAUGAAAUGGAUAGUACUGCUAAUUUGCAAUCAGAAGAAUCACCACUCAAAGCCUCAAUACAAACUCCUCGAGAUAUGAGCCCGUUGAUGACAACACCUAACAAACGACCUCUGGAAAAAGAGGUCCAGCAAUACUCCGAAGAUAUAUCUGUAGUAUGUGCUUAUGGUAAACCGGCCUCUGAACUGGCUUUAGAAAUAGGUGAUGAGUGUGCUAUUGAGCUGUCUUCUGAUCAUGAUAUCAUCCCUUCUGUGUGGACACCUGGUUUGGAAGAAUAUCUGGAUAGUGUCCUUAAAGAGACCGGAAAUAAUUUUAAAACUAGGCUUUAUGUCAAGAAACCAGACGAGCUAUUCCAAUUAUAUUGCGAAAAAAUUCUUGUCGAUUUUUAUCAUCUUGUAGAUAUUCAUCAUAAAAUAGACCGAAAAAUCGGGGAACGUAAAUUUAUAAUAUAUCAAAUAUCAUCAAUAUUUAAAUUUUAUGAAACGACGUUUUUUACGCUUGAAUUUGACUGGAUUGAAAGCCAUUCGCAUUCUUCCAAAAUAACGAAAUCUGAAACCAAUUCAGGAAUAGUAAAAGUUGAUGCUAAAGCAAUUCGAAAUUCAGAUGGGUUGGAAAUAUGGCAUAUGGAGGUGGCAGGUGGCCCAUCUGAUGCAACCGAUAAACAAACUCUAGGAGAUACGAAAAAAACAAUCAGAACUGAUAUUUUGAACUUAAUUGAAGUUUUACGAAACCACAUUGAUUGUAAUGUGCAACACGCAACAAAAAUAAAAGUAUUUUGUACUCUGGUUGUUGGCACAAGAAUGACCCUAUACUCUUUAAGCAUGUUACCUGAUGGAAGAUUUCUUUCAGUAGAACUUGCUACCGCACCAAUUCCUUUUAGCUUUCAUGUGAAGCAGGAAGAGUUAAUGGGAGAAAUCAAUAGAUCUGUAAUUCGAUCAGAAAAGACAGUUCGUGAUGUAUUAAAAAUACCUGAGGGAAUUUUUGAAAAAUAUUAG